CGUUUUUGUGGAGAGAGGGGAGAAACCAUGCUGCCUGAAGGGUCUCGUGAUUUCAGAAUCAAACAAGAAGAAGAUGCGUGAAGAUGGUGACUCUUUGGCAAGUAACUGAUAUAACUCCAAAGUAUAAAAGAAAGGAAAAGGAAAGGAGACGCAUUCUCUUCGUUUCUCUCCAGCGAAGGGCAAUGGCAGGUCCUUUUGACAAGCAAGCGGAACUCUACCCCGACGCUCGCCUAAACUAUCCCGAAGAAUGGUUCUCUCUCCUUGCUUCUCGCACCCUUCGUCGCUCCCUUGCUUGGGAUGUCGGCACCAGCAAUGGCCAAGCUGCCGUCACUGUUGCUGAGCACUAUGAUCUGGUGAUUGGAACAGACAUUGACGAAGCCCAGCUAAAAUGUGCGAUGGCCCAUCCACGGGUCCGUUACCUUCACACCCCGCUCUUCCUCUCCGAGGAUGAUCUCAUAACUCGGAUAGGCAGUGAGAACUUGGUCGACCUGGUAACGGUGGUCCACGCUGUCCACUGGUUCGACCUCUCGAGCUUCUACUCAGCGGCUAUCCAAGCCUUGAGAAAGCCUGGUGGGAUAAUCGCCUUAUGGUGCUACAGUGGCGUAGAGGUGGACUCCACCUUCGACCCUGUCAUGAAGAAGUUCCAUGAUACAACUCUGCCCUACUGGGACUCGAGGAUGCAGUAUGUGUUCGACGGAUACAAGACACUCCCAUUCCCAUUUGAGAGUGUGGGGCUCGGCUCUGAAGGUGAGCCCUUUGAGCUGGACAUCCCGAAGGAGAUGUCUUUCGAAUGGUUCUUGGGGACGUUGAGGACUUGGUCUGCUGUGGCCGUCGCAAAGGAAAGAGGUGUCGAUUUGUUGCCUGAGAGUGUGGUGAAGGAGUUUGAGACUGCUUGGGGCGGACCCGGCUUGGUGAGAUCUGUAGUUUACAAAGCAUUUGCGCUCGUCGGUUCAGUCAAGCUGUGAUCUCUCUUCCAUCUGCUGUAAGAGUUAUAUUAAUCCAACAAAAACAGCUCUGAUAUCAAACCAGUAAUACAUCGCAAAAAUUUGGUCCAUUAAUUCGUGAGUAUACUGCAAGGAGGGUGAUGGCAUGUUACAUUUCAUUCAAAAACUCUCAGCUUCUUAUAUGUAGCGUCCUUUCAAACGGUUGGCUUCA